GCUUGCGAGAAACUUCUCAAGGGUGAUCCUGUGACCGGGAAACCUUAUGCUUAUGGGGGCUAGGUGUACCGGUUGUCCAACCCGGAUGGGGUAUGUCUGCGACCCAUGACGCAGAAGAUGACCGGGCCAACUCCCCGGAUGGUCAUGCUGAGGGCAGUUCUCCUCAUCCAGACAUGGAAUUCAACAGGAUGACCACUAUCAUCGAAGAUGACGACGAUGAUAUUCAAGUCCUCCAUUCCGACCGGUCUCCUCUUUCCAAGCCUCCUUCUCCUCCUCAUAUCCCUGAAAUGGAUGAGGCCACAAGUGCCCGGUGUAGCCCUAUCCCUGAACAGAGCCAGAAGCUGAAAUCUCCUCCAGCCCAUCUCUUUGAAAAUGACCGGGUCCCUUCUCCUAAGAAGGAUGUCAAGGCCAAAGGAAAGGAGACCGGUCAUUCUUCCUCUCACAAAAGGAAGGGUUCCCACAAGACUUCUAAGGGAGAAAAGAAGAAGAAGGUCAGGCUAUCAGAUUUGGAGGGGGAAUCCAUCGAAGUUGGAGUUCUAUCCGAAGAAGUUGGCUGGUCACUCCUGGAGUCCAAGGACCAGGUCUCCGAACUCACCCUCCUUCUUGAUUCUGCCAAGUUGGAGAUCAAUGACCGGGUCGAAAGGGAGAAGAGACUUGAAGAGGAGUUGAAGGAAGAGAGGGCCAGGCUAGACGAGGAAAGAGCCAAGCUGGUGGAGGGGAAGAGAAAGGUGGCUGAGCUUGAGGAAGCUUUGGGACAGGCCGAAGAAUCUGCUCGGGCAAAGGAGCAAUCUUUUCCUGAUGAUCCUGCGACUUGGGCCGCCUGCCAUCACACUGAAGUUGCUCGGUCCAUUCUCAUCAAGCCGGAGGAUACUAUGGACUUUUUCAAGACCAUGUACAAGGAACCGGAAGGCAAGAGGAUGAUAACUGAGAUCGGGUCAUAUGGCUUCCAGUGUGGCCAGAAGGAUGAGAGGUCCCUUUUCUAUGCCAGACUCUAGAAGAGGGACCCUUCGUUUGACCCGGCCAAGAUGAAGCUUCCUCCUUUGUACCAGGAAGAGCCAGCCCCCCCUUUUCCUUUACAGUAGGUUAGGGUAGUUUUUGAAGAAACUCUGAAUUUUCCCAAGGCCUGGGGGAUGUCCGGCCUACUUUUGAUUUGUAUGAUACUCAAAUUUUCCUGGCAUGCCUUUAACUUUUACUGGCUUGUUUACUUCUUUCCGUUCGCAUGGUUUGAUUUCUUUUCUCGCAUGCUUAUCACUUCUCGCAUGGUUGCUUUGGUAGUUGCCUGGUUAGGUUUCCUAGUUGAUAAAUGUAGCCAGUCUUGAAUCUUAGGAAUUGUUUUAAAGAAUAUCCAGGUCAUCUCACGUCCUGGUCUUUAAAACAUCAAGUCUUGGUUGACAGUUCUUCAAAACAUGUUGCUUCCAA